AAAAGAUGGAGUUCCGCAACACAUACAUACAAUACAACAAUACACAUAACACAAAAUCAUACGCAAGAAUCAUGAGUUCCUCUGCUCAACAGAAGAACAUCGCUGAAGGUCGUCAUCCUGUCGACCCAAAGGAUCCACACAUCCAAGAGAUUGCUGCUUGGGCUGUUGCUGAGUAUGACAAGGAACAUGGGAAACACCUGGUGUAUGUGAAGACUUUAAAAGCAGAAGAAGAAAGAAACAUUGGUAGCACGAGGUACUUUAUUGAUCUUGAGGCUUCUGAUGAUUGCAAGAUUAACAAGUAUUCUGCGAAAGUUCUUGAAAUAGAAAAUCAAGCUCAUACUAAGAAGCUUGAAGAGUUCAAGCAAAAAGAAAAUGCACCCAUCCUGGUUGCUAACUAAUCUCCAUCUUCAACAAUAAAUAUGCAGGGCUAAGAAGCCAUUUUUGGUGUGCUUAUUAUAUAAGUUACAUCAAUAUAUAUAUAUAUUACUACGACGCAUGUAUUAUGUACUAGUGAAAUAAACAAGUCUUGGAAGACUUGAUUUAUGCACUAGUACUACUGUGUAAUACUACUAUUACCUAAAUAAAACUGUCAGUGGUUGGAUCUUAAUUCUUAA